CUUCUCCAAUAGAACACAGUACACAACCAUGGCGACGCGUAUCUGCGACCAGUGCCAUGAGCCGUUCGCCCAGCUCGAGCAGGUCAUGCAAUCGUCCGGCCGCAAUCUCCACAUCCACUGCCACGUAUGCGUCGAGUGCUUCCGACCAUUCCCGAACGAGCGCUUCUACGCGUAUGACGAGCGAAACUACUGCGAGGAAGACUACCGCGAGCUGUUUGGCCCCAAGUGCGGCCACUGCGGCGAAUUCAUUGUUGGCAAGUGCAUUUCUGCGCUCGACGCCAAGUGGCAUCCAGAGCACUUUACGUGCUCCGUCUGCGGCACGUCGCUUGCUGGCACUGCCUUUGUCAAGAAGGACGGCCGUCCGUGGUGCAAGCCGUGCUCCAACGUGCAGAAGCCGGCCGACACCGCCAUGUGCGCCAAGUGCCGCAAACCCCUCGACGGCGAGUUCAUCGUCCUGCAAAACCAAAAGAUGCACCCGUACCACUUCUCGUGCCAUACGUGCAAAGCCACGCUGUCCAUGUCGUGCAAAGAAUACGAAGGAAAGCUCUACUGUCACCAGGAUUACGAGCGCGCUCGCCAGUCCGUGUGCGCGGCAUGCCGCAAGCCAAUCGAAGGUCGUGCAACAACUGCCCUCGGCAAACAGUGGCAUCCCGAGCAUUUCGUGUGCGUAAAAUGCGAGCAGCCCUUCUCUGGCGCCACUUUCUUUGAGUACAAGGGCCAGGCCUACUGCGCAAAGGACUACCGGUCACUGCUGACCGAUCGCUGCUUUACUUGCAACAAUUCUGUCAAGGGCGAAGUUGUGAAUUGCAUGAACAAGAUGUGGUGCAUGCGACACUUUUUCUGCUACGGCUGCGGCUUGCCAAUGUCGCGGAUGGAUAUGAAGUUUAUCGAGUGCGACAACCGACCCAUGUGCCGCAAGUGUUAUGACUGCAUUCCCUCCGAUUCACGAAAGAACAUUAAAAAGUACGAAGACUUGGAGAAGAAGAUGCAAGAAAACCUCAAGAAGGCCAACAAGUAAACAGCAGACAACAUUUCUCUCUUUUUUUCGAUUUGGCAUGUGUGCUCUUUGUUUGUUCGUUGUCGUGUUGUUUUGUUUAUUGUGUCGAGGUCGGAUUAUUUUGUUGCCGUUUCUUGUAGUUAAGAGUGAUUGAUGGAAUAUUUUCUUUUGAAAUGCUGU